UCUGCUGCCAAGUAGUGAACUUCAGAGAGAAAGGAAGAGGGAGUGUAAGCAAACCUCAGGGGAUGCUGAGCUCUGGGACUGGCGAUUAAUAAAACAGAGAAGAUGAAUGAACCAUGCCAUGAAGAAGUCGAGGAUUUCUAUACAUUUGACCUCAAGAAACUUACACUGAAGGAAGUGAAUGCUUGGCCACAGGCUGGAAAGAGCAGCAGCAGCUCUGGAUUUUCUUUUCCUUGCCCACAUGUGUGUGUUUGCCUCUCCUUGUUGUGCCUGACAAGCAUUCUGCUGGGACAUCCUCAGUGUCUGGAUUAUGGGCUGCCUUUUCAGCCCCCUUUGCCCUUGGAAUUCUGCUCUGCCUAUGAAAACUUUGGCUGCUGUGACCAGGAGAGAGACAACAGCAUUGCAGCAAAAUACUGGGACAUCAUGGACUACAUAGAUCCCCAGGGCCAUAAACUGUGUGGAACAUGCAUCAAAGAUAUCCUGUGUCAGGAAUGUUCUCCAUAUGCUGCACAUCUCUAUGACACAGAAAACCCACAGACCCCUCUAAGAAGCCUCCCAGGACUUUGUUCUGGCUACUGCUCUGAGUUCCACCUCAACUGCUGCUCUGCCAUCCACCUGCUGACUGGUGACAGGCACAUCCAGGAGUGCUGUGAGACCAACAGGAGCCACUUCUGCCACCUGCAGCUGCAUCUAGCUGUGGGGUCCCCAGCUCAGGACACAGAUCUGUUGGAGAGUCCAGGGGAGGUCACCAAGAUGAUCAGGGGAAUGGAGCACCUCUGCUGUGAGGACAGGCUGAGAGAACUGGGAGUGUUCAGCCUAGGAAAGAGAAGGCUUUGGGGUGACCUGGUUGCAGCCUUUCAGGACCUCAAGGGAGCCUACAAGGAAGAUGGACAGAGGCCAUUUACAAGGAAAAGGAUGUUUCACUACAGUACUAUACACUUAUUUUAUCUGUCAUGUGUGCAUCUGCCCUGUCCCCUGCUAAGAAAAAAGCUAGUUCUUACUUAUAUUUUAUUUAUUUAUUUAAAAUUCUCUUUAAGGAAUCUCCUGGAGCUUGAGGAACCAGCUGCAAAUCACAACGGUGGACAGCUGCUCUUUGGUGUGCAUGGCUAUUUGUGUAUAUUCACAGGGAAUGGAGAGAAAGCUGGAGGAUCUUUUGGAAAAUUUGGGAAUGCUCAGGACAACUGUUGGGUGAAGACACCUGGUCUCAAGGUCAUGCAGAUGUUCCUGGAACAUCUGGAUGAGCAGACAGAUGACAUUCUGCCAGUGUUUGCAUAUGGCAGCAGUGUGGGCAAAUCAGUUACUGGUGGCUUUGUCUACAGGAGAUGUGAAUCAUUCAGCUUGAGUAGCCUUUAUAUUUUUGGUGAUUUCAUGAGCAGUUGACUUAUGGCUUUACAGGAAGAUGAGAAGGCAAAUAAGUAGAAGAAGCAGGAUAUCUGCAUUGGCAGCACGACAGCUUGUGCUUUCCCUGGAAUGAUCAGUUCCUACAGCAAAUUCAUCAUCUCAUUUGCUGAGGGUGGAGCAGGUGAACUGUAUUUUAUGUCUGCUUCUUAUCCCAGUGCCUAUGCACCAUAUUAAUUGCUCUACAAGCUCACUGAUCCUGCAAGGAGAGCUCCACCAGGGAAGUGUAAAUAUGAGCCUGUUCCAGUGAAAACAAAGAGCAAGCGGAUACCAUUUGUCCCAUGUGCAAAGACUGUCCUUAAGCUGCUAAACGAACCUUCAACAACCAUGCCUCCAAAAAAAUCUUCUACCCUCACUGCAGUUACUCCAAGAGUUUCUUCUAAGAAAGCAAAAAAGACCCCAUCCACCAAAAUAAAAGCAGCAACAGCAAAAAUAGUUCUACCUGGUAAAGAGAGACAGAGAGUCAAAGCUGAGGUUAAACUUCCCAAGGGAAAGAAGAUUGGACACAACUCCAGAACUGCACCACCAGCACCACCCUUGCCAAAAAAGAAGAGCUCCCACCUAGCCAGAACCAAGGAGGUUCAUCCAAAGAAAGCAGCACUAGCUAAGGGAAAAGUGGACAAGAGGAGGAAGAAGCAGCUUUUGAAGCUCAGUGAUGUCCCAGAAAAUGCAAGUAGCCUAUAAAAUGGUGAAACAAAAGUGUUGAAUAGCGACCAAACAAAAGAGGUUUUGGCUGACUUAUGGAGUGCUCCCAGGAGUGCCCUUAUUAAUGGCAGUGUUAGCAGUCUCUACAAAUGUUCUAUUAAACAUAUUAAACUUUAACAGCACCAGCUUCCAAAUCCUGCUGUAUGUCCUUUUCUGACAUAAGUGGUUAUGAGAGCCUGUGAUGGACAUUCUCUGGUAAGAUUUAGCUGUGUAUGACUGUC